AUGCAGGAGACCCUCGAGAAGAACAGCCGUGGCUCGGGCAGGGAGGGCCCGCACCCGUGGGGCCUCGCUGGCGGCCCCGCCGUGAAGACCCCGUGCUGCUGCUGCAGGGCGGGCUGGUUCUGCCCCUGGUCGAGGACCCAAGAUCCUAGCGUGAUGCGGCCAAAAAAAGGCGCUGAUCACGCACGCGUGACCUUGGGGACGUGCAGCUCUAGGGUCCCACUCGCCCCAGAGGGCAGGGCCUCAGAAGGCAGGGCGGGGGCCCGGGGGCCCCCCGCGCCCAGACUCUCACCCCCGCUGCUCCGUCUCCGUGGUCCUCCGGGCGCUGGGCCUCCCUGUCUACUGGCCCCCUCCCUCACCUUAUUGGCACUGGUUGACCUUGGCCUGGGGACGUGGCUGGCUAGUCAGGACCACAGGCCCCCAGAUGCCCUUCCCUGUGACCUGAGGGUGUCCCCGGGUCCCACUGAAGUCCAGGUGCGGGUGGGCAUGAGCAUCUCAGAGCGGCAUGUAGGAGAUAGUCCCUGCCGGCGGGGCCCAGCUGGCCACCCGUGUCCUCCCCAUGGGCGUGGCCGCUGCCCACGAGGUGCCUGUGAGCUCUGGGGCCUCAGCUGGUUCCUGGUUGACGAGUGCGGCUGGGCACCGGGCUCUCUGCUUGGCGGGGCUGGGCUGACUCUCCACUUGUCCGGCAGCCAGGACCACUGCGGUGCCCGUGUGCCUGCCCUGGGGCCACCCCUGGUACCUGGGGGAGAGCGGACACCCAGAUGA